AUGAUAGCGAAACAGAUCCUUGCAGACGAUCAAGAACAGAAGGCACAUGAGCUGGCUACCAGUUGGCGUGGUGAACGUCUCUAUGUGGCGGUUUUCGUGCCUACCAAGACGGAGGAAUGUGUCCAACGUUUGGCCGCAAGCAAUGUCAAAGCCAAUGUCCGCAUCACUGAGUGCGCCAUCCACCAUUUCCCGUCGGAUAAGGAUGUUCUCUCGAUGGAAACGCCCAGAUUGUACCACGAUUUCCAUGUGCUUGGGGAUCCCUCGGGGCCCUUCUAUGCUGCACAGGCUCUUAUGUCCCUCCAGCAGAAGUUUGGCACGAUCCCAUCAGUUCAUGCUAUUGGACGUGUGGUCGUGGAGGUCAUGCAGAGGCUGCGGAAGGAGGAUCAGGUGGUUAUCGACCGUCGGGUUGAUCUUUUCUCUGUUCUGUGUUCCCAGUUUACUUACCAGGCCUUGAUCGAUUCCGCCUUCGGCAUUCACAACAACAUGAUUGAUACCAGCAAUGCCACGUGGGCCAAGGAUCGGGGCAAUACCAAUCCGACCGUACGCUUGUCGCCGGAUGAUCCGUUUUAUCAGGAGAUCCGUGACUUGCACAUCGACAAGCUUGGGCCGUUAUUAGAGGAGAAAGCUCGUGCCGUUCAGCAGACCUACUCAGAGAAGGACAAUGUCAAGAACAAAAGUGCAAGUGACAUGGCCGAGUACAUCAAGAAGUUCAAAACUGCACAGUCAGCACAUCCUCUGCUGGAGAUGCACAUCAACCUGGCCCAUGAUCUGAAGGAUAGGAUACAGUCCGAGGACUACAGGCAGAUGCUGAAGCUUGAGGACGAGAUCACCGCCCAGAGCACGAGUUCACAGAGUUGCUUGGACAUGGUGGAGGACAUCAUGGAUGACCAGAAGCCUUUCCACGAGGCAUCUCUUCUUGUUCGGCAAGUAUAUGACCAAGAUCCAAGUUCAACCAAAACAAGAAAUCAAGAGGGAAAGGGAGGGUGA